AUAGGAUUGGGAAUUGGAAAUAUCGGAUUCUUCCCACGGAGCAUCUUCAACCUUAUUCCCUUCCAAAGGUACUAAUUUUUUCGAAUUCAUUCUCUUGCAUUGAAGAUAAAAUGGGUUUGGGAGCACGAAAUAGCAGCGAGCGCCUCAGAACAAUUUGGACCCCUGAGAUGGAUCGCUACUUCGUUGAUCUUUUGUUAGAGCAGGUUCGCCAGGGCACUAAAUUCGAUGAUCAUUUAACGAGCAAACGAGCAUGGAUUCAUAUGUCAUCAUUGUUCAAUGCAAAGUUCAACUUUCAAUAUGAAAAGGAUAUUCUCAAGAAUCGCUACAAAACACUCAGGAAUCUCUACAGAGUUGUCAACAACCUUCUAGCCAAUCCGGGUUUUAGCUGGGAUCAGAAGCGGAGUAUGGUCACUGCUGAUAAUCCUGUUUGGGAUGAGUAUCUCAAGUUAAAUCCGGCUGCACGGUCACACAGAAUAAAAAGUAUUCCUUAUUUCAAGGAUUUGUGUAUUAUCUAUGGAAAUGCAGUGAUAGAAGAAAAAGGUGACAAUGCACCGGGUGGGUCAUCUUAUUCAGCCGAAAAUGAGACAUUCAUACACUUAGAUAAGAAUAUAGGAGAGGAUGUUCAUGAGGUUCUUCAUGAUAUAAUGGUUGAUGAAGAUUUUGGAAUAUCUACCUUGGAAACUGAAAAUGAUGAUUCGGAGCAGAGGGUGGUGAACGAAACAGCAACCCCAUUUUCUACCCGUACCCGGACUUAUUGGCAGCCACCAAUGGAUCGUUACUUCAUCAACCAAAUGCUUGCCCACGUGUACAAAGGAAAUCGGCCUGAUGGAGUCUUUAGCAGACAAGCAUGGAUGGAGAUGAUUUUAUCUUUCAAUGAAAAAUUUGGUUUUGACUAUAGUUUGGAACAUCUUAAAAAUCGAUACAAAACUCUGAGAAGGCAGUAUAAUUUAAUUAAAAAUCUUCUUGAUUUGGACGCGUUUGUCUGGGAUGAAUCGCGCCAGAUGGUUACUGCUGAUGAUUCUGCUUGGCAAGAUUGUAUUAAGAUACAUCCAGAUGCAAGGCAGUUUAUGACCCGGCCUUUGCCAUAUUAUAAAGAUUUGUGUAUCAUAUGUAAUCCUAAAUUUGAGGAGAAAAAAUCUACUCUCCUUCAAGAUAUUGAGCAUCAAAACAUAGUUGAUGUUAAGAUUGAUAGUGACUACGCAUCCCCAGCUGGUCAUUCUUCAAUUACUUCCAAUCCCAGUGAAGAACAACUUGGUGUUGUAAAGGAGGUAGCUCAUUCGGAUCAGAAACAAAAGCGACAGUUAGAGAAGUUUUCCGGUGCUCCUAUUUCUAAACACUCAAGAAAUGAAGAACAUGGCAUGGCUGUUGCUCUCCGUGAGAUGGCAACUGCAGUGUCUUCUUUGUCUACAGAGAAGAAUGAUGAGAACCUUGUAUCAAUAGAGACUGUCAUAUAUGCAGUGCAAGCAUUGCCUGAUAUGGAUGAAGAUCUGGUUCUGGAUGCUUGUGAUUUCCUAGAAGAUGAAAGAAAAGCCAAAAUAUUUCUUGCUUUGGAUAUCAAGUUAAGAAAGAAAUGGUUGAUUAGGAAACUUCGCACACAGGCCUAGCCUGUGCAUUUUCUAUAUCUUAUUGGAUUGUAUACUUCUAACAGGGUUAGCUUGAUUAGGUUUUCUUUGGCUCAAAAUCUAGUAGAUUUUAUGAUUAGGAAAGGGAAGUCAAUAUGCAUCAAUGAUUGUCUAAGUAAAUGUAAAUGAUCAAUUGUUCAAUGGUGGCUUGGCUGAUUAGUUCAAUAGCACUAAAAUUCCCUUAUAUUAAAGUGACUUUGUUGAGAUAACGAAUUUGGA